AUGACUGUCAGUCGUCUUGCUGCGGAACGGAAUGCCAAGGCGCUGCACGAACUAUCUUUACAGCCGGGAAAUGAUCGGUGCGCUGACUGCAAGACCCGGAAUCCGCGAUGGGCAUCGCACAACCUCGGCAUCUUCAUCUGUGUACACUGCGCCAGCGUGCAUCGCAAGAUUGGCACACAUGUCACCAAGAUUAAGAGUCUGACACUCGAUUCGUGGUCAAACGAGCAAGUCGAGAAUAUGCGUAACAUGGGGAAUCGCAAAGCCAAUGCACUGUACAACCCCGACGAAGUGCGCCAUCCACCGCCUACCAACAUGAUCGACUCGGAGCGUGACAGCGAGCUCGAGAAGUUCAUACGCAAUAAAUACGAAUUCAAGAAGUUCAUGAAUCGCUCUGGGACCGCACAACCACCAGCGCCAUCGGCAGCCAGAGCUCCUCCUCCAGCGCGAGCGGCAACUGCACCAUUCGACGCGCAUCCUACAUUAUCCCCGCCUUCAUCCGCACCCGUCUCGUCCUCUUCGUUCGCGCAAAACCUGCCUCCCCAGCCAGCAUCAGCAAACCCGUUCCCAUCACAGCCUCAGCGCUCCUCGACUUUCUCACAUGCUGCUGCAUCAGCGCCUGCGAGACAAGCGUUAGCAUCCGGCGCGCCGAUGAGCGGAGCUAUGAACGACCUGCUAUCUCUGCAGCAGCCGCAGGCGCCGAGUGUCAAUGCUACCCUGCCACUACAGAUCUCUGCCUCAGCCCCGAUGUCCAUACCUGGUCAACAGAGUCUUGCGCCAAACUCGUACAUGACGGGCCUGAACGGGUCGAGUCCAAACUUCGCCGCAGGAUCCUCCCCGAACUUUGCUGCCGGCUCGUCACCCAACUUUGCCGCGGGCACGACUCCGCUAUUUACUGGCGCGCCAAACCCAUACAAUGCCUCCCAGUUCCAAAGCGCAAGCCCGGCAGCGAACCCAUUCUCGCAAAUGAUAGGUCAAGCUCAGCAACCGCAAGCGCAGCAGCCGUUUUUGUCAACGAGUAUGCCUGGCAACGCUUUCCAGCGGCAGCCUUCGCCAUUCCAGCAACCUUUUCAGCAACAGCAACAGCAGCCUUUCCAACCACAGCAACAACCCUUCCAAUCACAGCAACAACCCUUCCAGACCCAACCUUCACCGUUCCAGUCGUCGGCUCAACCCUUCGCACAGAGCGCUCCGCCAAAUCCUUUCUUUGCCCAGCAGCAGCAACAACAACAAACGCAGUACGCUGGUUCGCCGAUGGCCAUGUCGCCUCCACCUAUGAACUCGAUGUCGCCUCCGCCGAUGAACAUGGGGAUGAACGGUUAUGGACAAGCCCAACAGCCUCAGCAAACGGGCGCAAAUCCGUUCACGAGUUGGAUGACGCAGCCAUCGGCUCAACAACAGCCUGGCUUCGCGGGUGGGCAACAAUGGCGGCCGAUGUAA